AUGCGCGAGAUAUACGGCGAGGAGGCGGCUGACGAGAUGGAGGCGGUGCUGGCCAUCUACCCGCCGAGCGAGGUGCGGGUAGCGUGGGCGGCGAGCGACGGGGCCACCGCCCGCUACCUCUGCACCAUCACCCCGCCGUCGGGCAUGGACGCGCGGAGGGUGUUUGUGCGAGUCGGGCUCGAGCUCGCUCUCCCGCACGGGUACCCUGAGGCCGGGCAGGCGCAGGUUGCUUUUGGCGAGCUCCGCGGUGUCGACGACAGUGUCGCCGCCGCUCUGCUCUGCCAGCUGCAAGAGGUUGUGGCCGAUGAGCUCGAGGGUCUGCCGGUCGUCUUUCGGCUUGUCGAGAUGGCCAAGGAGGAGCUGGCCGAGCACUCACUCCCGUUUGGCGUCUGCCCGAUCUGCCUAUGCGCCUUUGACGACGUCGAUCUUGAGCCCAUUGCGCCUGAUGCGACGGCGCUCGGCAUCGCCAAGGCCGCCUGCUGGCACACCUUUCACGCAGCGUGCCUGGCCAACUAUGCAGCGCAUGGGCCAGAGGCGCGGCCGUUCUGCGCCGCCAUGGAUGUGGCGCUGUUUGAGCCAAGCUCCUUUGCCGACUGGCUUUCAACGUCUGCCGAGGAACUGACUUGCCCGGUCUGCCGGGCGCUUGUCGGCGCAGACUUGGUGAUCGAGUAUGGAGCGCUCGUUCGCGCGGCAUGCAGCGGGCGGUUUGACUCACUCGCUGUCGCCCGCUACGAGUGGGAAGCCGAGCGUGGCUCGGCGGCCCGGACCGACGAGGCACAGCCUGUCCACGCUGACGUGGGCGUGGUCAACGUCUUUGGCUCGGUCACCACCCUCAAUGCCACAUCGGUGGCCGAGGCGGUGGCCGAAACGGCAGCCGAGCCCGCAAAUAGCAGCGCGCGGCGGCGGGCGUGGCCGGGGACGCGAGCAACGUGGGGCAUCGGGCAGUAG